UUUAGUGGCGGGGGCUGGCCGAAGAACUGCACAAGCGAGGAGCGGCUUCUAGAGUCCAACAGCACGGUUGGGUCGCUGGCUUUGGGGCCCGCGAGAGGCUCCUGGGUUGCUAGAGCGGCCCACGGCCACGGGGGGAAGGGGGUGGGUGGGCUGAGAGCAGCUAGGCGGCUACGCCGGCCCGCCGCCCCUUCCCCCCCACCCCAGUCGACCUUGUUGGCAGAAGCUUCCCGGGCCUCCUCACGCCGGCGCAAUGGCGACUACUGCGGAGACAGAAGCUUACCCGCCGACGGACUCGAGCUGCGAAAGUGGCGGCGGUGGCGGCGGCGACGAGGAGAUGAAACAGGAGCUUCCGGAGCUUGAAUCCUCCUCACAAAAUGGCGGCGGUGUCCUCAGCAUCACGGAGCCCGGCGGCGGCGCCGGGCCUGAGGAGAACGCUGCGGCCGAGGCCACGGCAAGCGUCAGCCAAGAGCAGCCUCAAGACUCUUCUGAGGCGAGCGCGGCCGCUCUCCUCAAAGGCCCCGAAGAGCCCGAAAGACCCGUUAGGAGGAUUUUUCAGAUCCCCAGGAAGAGCAGAGAAAAGAAAGCACUUUUUCAGCCAUUAACUCCAGGAUCUCGUGAAUUUGAAGAUGUUUUAAAUAUUCUCCAUUCAUCUUACCUUGAACCAACCUCAGUAACAAAUUUUAACUACAAACGUGCUUGCUUGGUACAUAAUGAGCUUUUGGAAAAGGAGUUUACAGAAAAGCGAAGAGAAUUGAAGUUUGAUGGCCGUUUAGAUAAAGAACUUUCAGAAUCCUAUGCAUUUCUGAUGGUUGAUCGAUAUCAGGUUCAAAGCAUAUGUGAAAAAGGAUUACAGGUGGGCCAGUCCAAAAUAACAAUUCUUGGCAGUCCUUCCAUGGGUAUCUAUCUUUCUAGGUAUGCUGAUUUAUUACAAGCUAAUCCUUUGGAAGCUGGGGCAGUGGGUGAUAUUAUUAUUUUUAAAAUAAUGAAGGGUAAAAUAAAGAGUAUAUACGACCCCAUGGGUGUAAAAUGUUUGGACUCUACAUUAAAUAAAAGUACUUUGGACCCAACCCCAAAGCAUGAAUGUCAUGUGUCAAAGAAUGCCAAUAGAAUUACAUCACUUUUGGCUUACCGAGCCUAUGAGCUUACUCAGUAUUAUUUUUAUGAGUAUGGGUUUGAUGAGCUAAGGCGAAGACCAAGACAUGUGUGUCCAUAUGCUGUUGUGUCUUUUACUUACGAAGAUGAUCUACAACCUCCGAAGUUUGUACCUUCAUCAAGAUCUAACAGCUUUAAUGCAGAUAGAAACACAGAUAAAUUUAACUACACCUUGUGGAAAGGACAGCUUUUAAAUAAAGGAAAGCUUUUGUGCUAUAUUUCUUUGAGGUCAGCCACUCGUGCUUUUUUGCCUAUCAAACUUCCUGAGAAGUUAGAUGUUGAAACAGUUAUGAGUAUUGAUCAUCUGAAACAGAAAAUUCAUCCAGCACUGUUUUACAAGGAAGCAUACUUCGGUUCAAAUGAAGUUUCAAAGAGUGGAAUGUAUUGCAGUCUUUAUGAAGUUGUAGAAAAGACAAGAAUUGGAAGUAACAUGGAGAGUUUACUGCAAAAACUAGAGAAAGAAAAACUUGUUCUUGUUAAACCUUUGGGAGACCGAGGAUACCUUUUUCUUCUCUCUCCUUAUCAAAUGGUUUCUCCAUAUGAACAUCAGACUACCAAGUCUCGAGUUCUGCAUGCUUUGUUUCUAUUUCAAGAACCUAGAGGCAUAGUUACUUCACAAAAAGGUUCAACCAAUGUAGCACCACAGGAGAGACAUGAGAGCAUGCCAGAUGUAUUAAAAAUAACUCAGUUUUUACAGUUUGCUUUGAUUCGGUGUCGAAAGGAAUUCAAAACUAUAAAUACUAUAAAUUUUCAUUCUGGUGUUGAAAAGUAUGUAACUGAAUUUUUUAAGCGAGGUUUUGGUUCAGGUAAACGAGAGUUCAUUAUGUUUCCAUAUGAUUCACGAUUAGAUGAUAAAAAAUUCUUAUACCCAGCUCCAAAAAAUAAAUCCCAUAUUGAUGAUUGUUUGCAUACCUAUAUUUUUCGGCCUGAAAUGUAUCAGUUACCUAUUUGUAAGUUAAAAGAGUUGUUUGAUGAUAAUAGAAAACUUCAACAGUUCAGUCAACUUUCAGAUUAUGAAGGCCAUGAAGAAAUGAAUGGCACAAAAAAGAAAUUUGGAAAACGAAGUAACUCAAGGGGUGAGACUAUUAAACCUGGAAAGCAGAAGUCAUCUCACUCUUUGGAUUAUGAUAAGGAUAGAGUCAAAGAAUUGAUUGAUUUGAUUCAGUGUAGGAAAAAAAAUGUGGGUGGGGACUCAGACACAGAAGAUAUGAGAAGCAAAACUGUCUUGAAGAGGAAGCUUGAGGAUCUACCUGAAAAUAUGAGAAAGCUCGCCAAAACCAGUAAUUUAUCUGAAAAUUGCCAUCUUUAUGAAGAGUCUUCACAGCCUGUUGGCUCACUUGGGCAUGAUGCUGACUUGAGACAGCAGCAGCAGGAUACCUCUAACUCGGGCGUUUCUGACAUCCAUAGGCUGUUUAAUUGGCUAUCAGAAACACUAGCAAAUGCACGCCAUUCUGAUGCAUCCCUCACAGACACAGUCAACAAAGCCUUAGGAUUGAGCACCGAUGGUGCCUAUGAAGAGCUGAGGCAAAAGCAUGAUGAAUAUGACUUAAGUUCUAACCCAGAUAAGAAAGAAUAUGAGCAACCUACUUGCAAAAAAAUUGAAAAUGCACAUUUUAAGGGUACUCAGAGCCCACUGCCAGAAGUUGAUAAGUCAUCUAUAAAGUAUCAUGUUGCUGUUUCUACCAGUGAAGUAGGCACUGAUCAUAAAUUACAUUUGAAAGAAGAUCCAAAUUUAAUUAGCAUGAAUAAUUUUGAAGAUUGCAGUUUGUGUCCCACUAUUCCCAUUGAACAUGGAUUCCAUAAACAAUCUAAGUCAAAUGAUGUUGAAGAGACUGAAAUACAUUGGAAAUUGAUUCCAAUUACAGGAGGGAAUGCAAGAAGCCCAGAAGACCAGCUAAGGAAACAUGGUGAGAAACAAACACCAGGUAUGAAAUCACCAGAAGAACAACUGGUGUAUCUGCCACCGCACGAGGCCUUUCCUAACGACCCCCGGGUAAUAAGUAGACAGAGAACUUCUGAUUACCAGUUUCCAUCCUCUCCAUUUACAGACACACUAAAGGGCACCACUGAGGAUGGCGUGUUGACAGGUCAGGUGGUGAAGGUGGAGGAGCAGUGUGUGCCAGCAGCAGAGCCGCCUGCAGUGAGUGAAACCACAGAGAGGACAGUGUUAGGAGAAUACAAUCUCUUUUCUAGGAAGAUAGAAGAGAUUUUGAAGCAAAAGAAUGUUUCAUAUGUCAGUAGAAUUUCUACACCUAUCUUUUCAACACAAAAGAAAAUGAAACGACUUUCUGAGUUCAUAUAUUCUAAGACUCCUAAAGCUAGUGUACAGGAGUUUGUAGAUGGCUUGCAUGAGAAACUAAGUACUAUCAUUAUCAAAGCAUCAACAAAGGGUGGGAAUUUGCCACCAGUUGGUCUUAAUGGUUCUGGUACUAAGAUAGCAUUGAAUCCUCUAGGAAGACAUGUCAUACCAGUUUCCUCAAGUGACUUUAACAAUAAACACCUCCUUGAACCACUUUGUGGUGAUACUUUGAAAGACAUCAACUCUAAUGGUCAGCAUUCUUCAACUUUGGGUUUAACUGAAGUAGAAGUGAUCCAGCCACACCAUGCCAUGGAGAUAAUGGUGACUUCUGAUCAUACUGUACCUGAUCAUACUGCCCAGGAACCAGAAGAAAAAGAAGCAGCAAAAUCACCCAGUGAUGUAAACAUUUCUGCCCAACCAGCUCUUUCAAAUUUUAUAAGCAAGUUAGAACCUGAAGUAUUUAACAGUUUAGUUAAAAUCAUGAAAGAUGUCCAGAAAAAUACUGUGAAAUUUUAUAUUCAUGAAGAAGAAGAGAGCGUGCUCUGUAAAGAAAUAAAGGAAUAUCUUAUCAAGUUAGGCAAUACAGAAUGUCAUCCAGAACAGUUUUUGGAAAGAAGAUCAAAAUUAGAUAAACUAUUAAUUAUUAUUCAAAAUGAAGACAUUGCAGGUUUCAUUCACAAGGUACCUGGCUUGGUGACUUUAAAGAAGCUCCCCUGCGUUAGUUUUGCUGGUGUUGAUAGUCUGGAUGAUGUUAAAAAUCAUACGUACAAUGAACUAUUCGUGUCUGGAGGUUUUAUUGUGUCUGAUGAAUCUAUUUUAAAUCCAGAAGUUAUCACAGUUGAGAACCUUAAAAAUUUUUUGACAUUCCUCGAAGAACUUAGUACUCCAGAAGGAAAAUGGCAAUGGAAAGUCCACUGUAAAUUUCAGAAAAAACUAAAGGAACUGGGCAGAUUGAAUGCUAAAGCCCUAAGUCUGCUGACACUUCUGAAUGUCUAUCAGAAGAAACAUCUGGUUGAAAUUUUGUCAUACCACAAUUGUGAUUCGCAAACUCGAAAUGCUCCAGAAUUUGACUGUCUUAUCAGACUUCAGGCUCAGAACAUACAGCAACGACACAUAGUCUUUUUAACAGAAAAAAAUAUCCAGAUGUCCUCCAGUUAUACAGAUAAUGGAAUAGUAGUUGCAUCUGCUGAAGACUUUAUGCAAAACUUUAAAAAUCUUGUGGGCUAUCACAACUCAGUCACAGAAGAAAACCUUCCAUUGCUUGGUGCUAAUGAGAAUCUUGAGUCGCAGUCAGCUCUUUUAGAAAACGAUGAAAAGGAUGAAGAGGAUAUGUCUCUGGAUUCAGGAGAUGAAAUCUCACAAAUAGAAGUGUACAGCAAUUUUCAUUCAGAAAUUUUGGCGAAAGAGACCAAAGGAUCACGUGGAACAGAUCAAAAAAAGAAUAUUCAAAUUGAGUUGCAGUCGUCUCUUGACGUGCAAAAAAGUUUAUUAGAAGAUAAGACUUAUCAGAUUGAUUCUGAAGAAAGAGCUUUUAUUGAUGUAAGCUCUGAAGGACAGAACAGCAGUUCAGCUGAACAAGAUUCAUAUAGCAACUUUCAGGUUUAUCAAAGUCAAUUAAGUAUGUCCCAUCACUGUAGUCAUUUUAAUGUUCUCACUCACCAGACAUUUUUGGGGACACCAUAUGCCCUUUCAUCAAGUCAGUCUCAAGAAAGUGAAAAUUACUUUUUAUCUGCUUAUACUGAAAGCUUGGGGGAGAAGUGAUUUUCCAGGCCAUAUUUAAAAGAGAAAUAAUGAUAGUAACUUUUUUUUACAUAAGUUGUUACGGACUUUUUCUGUUUCUUAAAAGUGAAUUAACAAUUUAUAUUUCAUUCUCUAGAAACAAAAGGUUUCUGUCCUUUCUCAAAAAUUUUUCCCCUCUUAUUUAAAUCAUGAUGGCCUGUAACAGUUGAAGCAUAUGAAAAUUGAAAUAAAUAUAUAUUUUUAACAUAUAUUGUACUUGAAUUAUCUAAUGUUGGCACUUUUUAAGUUUUACAUUUGUAUAUCACCUGUACUUUGGCUUCAGAUUGAAGUCUGUUUUAUAUAUAAAACUAGACGUUUGCAAAAGGAUAGUAGACAGCAAUGGCUUUACUUCUCUAAUGUUAGAUGAUACCAGCUACUUUUGCUGAAAUGACCUAUCAACUAUUGUAUUUAUUUUCAUUUAAGCUUUUUGUAUAGUGUUUUUUACAUAGGUAUAAGCCAGUGAUAUUAAUAAAUACAAGAUUUUGGCUCAAUACCUCAAGAUUUAUCUAACAGUGCAGUUUCUUUUAGUAAAUAAACUGUGUACAUAGGACUUAGGCCUUAAUACCAGGCAGCAUUAUUUUUUUAUCUUCAGGCUUAGCCAUGUUAAAAUUCUGGUCAACCUGUUAUUUUAGAGCACUUGAUAAUUACAAUUUUCAAUGCUUGUGUGGCCCUUGACUUACCCAAAUUCAAUUUCAUAUUUCAAAAUAUAAAUUUAUUAAAGGCAUUGGACAAUUUGGAACAAACCGUUUGCUAUAAAUUUUUAAAUUGGCAGUCUUAGAAAAGAAGUAUAUUUUUGAGGUGGUAAGUACUUAAAUGCUAGACUAAAAACUUUAAACUCAGAUAAAAUAUGUGGUGGAGGUAAAUUUUAAACCCUCAUCUAUUGCCAAUAACUGCCUCUCCAUUACUAAUGCAAAGAGUCAUAAAAAUAGGAUUUGGAGAAAAUUACCAUGUGAGCCUAAACUGAAUUUCAGUUAUUUUAGUAAUGUUGGGAUAUAUUAAAUCAGACUUUCCUUUGGCACCUCAAAACAACUUGGAAGAGUUUCUACCCUUUUAAAUCUUUUUGUAUAUUAAAAUACAUAAGUGGUAUUUCAGUUAAUAAGGUAUACAUAAAAUGUGUGGAAGAACAUUACUAACAGAUCAGAAACUCCAGACUGUGUUUAAGGUAAGUAGGAAAGUGUUUUUAUAGGACUUAAAUACCCAGAUGGUGAAAGAGCAGAAACAUGCUUCUUAUUACUACUAAACUUUUACAAAGGUGUCUGUUUUAUUGUUGAAAAAUUAUAUAUAUAUACACAUAUACAGCAUUUUAUUACAUAAUAUACAAUUUUUAAAUAAGCAUCUAAAAAGUAAACCUAGACUAUUUGUAAAAAUAGUUAAGUGAUAAGGACAUUUUAUAAUUUGGAAGACAAAUCAAAUGUGAAGGAUUUGAUUUUUCUACAUUUAAAACGAAGAACUAAAAUUCUUCUUGAUUGGCAGCUAAAGGCAUGAGAUUAGUUUCCAACUCCCUUUGCUUCUGGAGAAGGCCCUGAAAUUACAUUGAUAUAUGUUAGUAAAGGUAUGCAGCAGACUUGCAAGUUAUUCCUUUUUAACAUUUUUAUCCUGUUAAUUCAGAAUUUUAUUUUUGAAAACAUGUAUUAAGUUCAAAUACUUGGCUACUGUCUAAGCUUUCUCUUUGUCAUGUUAAAUUAAUUACUCAAAAAAUUUCAAUAAUUCUCCACUAGACUUUUGUAGCUAUUACAAUAUUUGUAAGAUUGUAUUUUUAGCAUAGAAACAAAUAGGGAUGACUUAUCUUAAAACCAAGUCUACAUGAUUUUAUGGGCCUGAGUUUCCCUCUUCCUGUCUGCCAAAUGCUAGUGUUUCCUGCACUAACAGUGGCUAAUCUAAGGCCCUGCUGAAUAAUUAAUAUGUGGGUGAAUGUGUACAUCAUAGUCCUUCCUCCACUUGACCUUGUCUCCACAAAGCUAGUAGUUUUAGGUUAAAAACAAACAAAAAAACCUUCAGUGUGUGAAUUACCGAACGUGAGUAACAUAACUCAAUCAAUAUGUAACCAAACCUACCAUUUAAAAAACAAAGGACAGUCUUCUUCAUAAUCCUGUGUUAGUGCGAGUGAUUUUCUAGCUCUAUAGAAAGAAUCAAUUUGAAAUCAAAGACGUAUUUGUAAAUGACUGAACAUGGAAAAAGACACCCCUAAAAUGACAGUGUAUUUUCCCCAAAUACAAAAAGUACACUUUAAUCAAAACUAACAGCAAAAAAUUUUGCAAGCUUACUAUUUUUUUUUUAAGCCAAGCUGAUGGAGAAAAGUUACAGCCUUAAAUAAUGAAUUUUAUUUUUACCUAGGCAAGAUGAGAAGUCAUAAUUGGUCUGGGAUAAAAAAUAGUCUGGUGGAUAAGGUUACACGUAUAAUUUCACAAUGAAUUAUAUUAUUUUUUGGGACUUGUGUUUAUGUUGUGUUCUGAACACUGCCAACACAUUCUAUAAAAAGCAUGAACUGCAUUACUGAGAACCUAUCACAACAUAAUUGUGUAUUUUCUGCCUUUGGUUUUAGGGCCUUAUUGAUAUUUUACUGCACAAAUGUAUGUUUUUUUCAUUCAAUAAAAUGGUUUUAAUAUUUGAA